AAUAGUGACGUUUCGAUCAGUGAUUGGCAAGACGUACCGCCGUUGGCUGUAGGAAAGGUAGCGUCAUGACGACUGAAAGGGAAAAGAUGAAAGAUGGCUGCCACUGUUUUAGCUAGUAGUGCAAUUCUUCUUGCUUCUACCUUGGAAUUGUGAAGCUAAGCUUUCAUGGACAAGCAGAGAAGGCAGUUAACUCCUGAGCAAGAUGCCCUGGAGCACAUAGUUGCUUGUAGAGACAAACCUUUUCUGGAGGAAAGGUAUAUAGACUCCUUCAAAGGGAGAGGAGUAUUCACCCACAAAGCCAUUGUACCAUCUGCUUUUGUUGUUGAGUAUCGGGGGAAGAUCUUUCCUCACAAAGACUUGAAGCCAAAGAAGAACUGUGUUGAUACGCUGAACAAUUACUUGUUUGAGUUUUCAUGGAAAGGAGAGAACUGGUGCAUCGAUGCUUCGACAGAGGAUAAGACACUUGGAAGACUUGUGAAUGAUGAUCACAUAAGUCCUAACUGUGAAGUGAAGAAGAUUGUUAAUGAGGAAAAGCCACACAUGUGCCUGUUUGCAAUAAAAGAAAUAUCUCCCGGUGAGGAGAUAACUUACAACUAUGGGGACUCCUCUUACCCGUGGCGCUCAAGGGGAGAGGACUUGGAGGCAGCUUCUGGCUCUGAAAAUUUCAGCUCUGAUGAUGAUUCCAAACUGUCUGACAGUGGACUAAGUCGUGAAAACGAUUCCUCUGAAGAAAUGACGGGGACUUUGAGGCAGAGGGAGCACGAGGCUGCUCUCAGAUCUGAAGAAAAUCAGAAUGGAGACUGUGGACCCAGCAAGGCUACACGAAAGCCCAAAUGCCCUUCUUACACCAGCAAAAAUUAUUGUUAUGUCUGCGGAGCAGGUUUUUCUAAAAUUGCUCGACAUCUUUUAAGGCAUGCUGCUGAAGAGCCUGAUAUUGCUGAAGCUUUUGCCUUACCCAAAAAAUCCAAGGAGCGAAAAAAGUCACUUGAAGAUUUACGGAACCGCGGAAAUUACAAACAUAAUCAAGAGGUGUUGAAGAAUAACAGUGGAGAGUUGAAACUGAGAAGACGACCAACAACAGUGACGUUCAGUGCUAAGGAACACAUGCACUGUCCAUACUGUAAAGCCAUGUUUAAACGUAAACAAUUGUGGAAACAUGUCGCCAGAAGCCAUUCUACCGAAAAGCCAAACUCUACAGCACAUGGCAGGUCAAGAGUCUUAGCUGGGUUUGCCCUUGCAGAGUCACCACUCUCCCAAAAACUUCAUUCAGGUGUGUGGAAGAUGCUUUCAACUAUGCAGCAAGAUGACACUGCAUCCGCUAUUCAAAAUGAUUCCCUUCUUAUACAGCUGGCACAGAAUCUGUCUGAGAAGUAUGAAUACAAUACGAAUAGAUAUGAAUACAUCAGACAGAAGCUGCGAGAAAUGGGAAGACUUUUGAUAGCACUGCAUGAAAAGUCUAUUUUUAGCUUUGAAGACGCUGUCAAAUCCAAGAACUUCUACAAAGUUGUUGAGGCUGUGAAGGAAAUUGCUGGUUUUGAUGAGAAGAUGCAGAGCUAUAACAAGCCAAGUCUUGCUUUGAAAUUAGGGCAUUCACUCAAAAAAAUAGGUGCCAUUGUCAUCAAAGGUGGUCAUGGCAAUGAGCAAGGUAUAAGAGACACAAAGAAAUUCAUGAAAUUGUGUACAAAUGAAUGGAGUCAACUUGUCUCGCAAACAGCCCUCGCUUCAUUGGGUGGACAAAAAGUAAACAACCCAUCUACCAUUCCAUUCACACGUGAUGUGCAGGUUUUCUACAGGUACCUGGAGAAAACCUCAGCUUCUGCCAUUGAGAGACUGAAGACAGAUGGAAGCCCACAGUCGUACACUGCACUUUGCAGAGUGACACUUGCACAGGUGUCGGUCUUAAACAAAGGUGCACUCGAAGUCUCAAAAAUGACACUGAAGGCAUUCCAGGAGAGGGAGGACACUACCAGAGUGUUGUCCAAGCACUUCAUCAGAAUAAAUAUUCUGAGCAGGACAGGCCAGAACGUUGCUGUCUUGUUGACCUCUGGACUUGUGAGUGCAAUAACGCUGCUUGUUAGCAAAAGAGAGGCAUGUGGCAUAGGCCGAGACAAUCCGUUCCUGUUUGCAAAGCCGGACUCUUCUUCUUCAAGCCUUUACCAUGGACGGACCUGCAUCAGGGUUUUUUCAGCUCUAUGUCGUGCAAAGAACCCAGAGCAUCUCAGAUCAGUGCAUCUUCACAAGCACAUUGCAAGAAUUUUCCAGAUUCUCAACCUGGAGAAUGACGAGCUUUGUCACCUUGCUAAACUAUUGGGCCAUGACAUCCCAGCUGAAAGGGAUUAUUAUCGUUUGCCUGAGGCAGCUGUGGAACUUGCAAAAAUAGCCAAACUUCUUCUGGCAAUGGAAAAGGGUUCACUUCAGGGAUUCAAAGGAAACUCACUGGAGGAUAUUGAGAUUGACGAUGAAUUGGAGCCUGAUGUGGAGCAGGCCAACUCUGAAGCCAGUGAUACUGAUGAGGACAAUGAAGAAUCAGAUCUUUUACUUCAGCAGGGUGAUGCUGAGGAACAACAAACCGAGAAGCAGAGAUGGCAACCGACUCCUGAGCAAGAUGCCCUGGAACACAUUAAGGCUCGCAGAGACAAACCCUUCCUGGUGGAAAUGUUUAUUGACCCCGUUAAAGGGAGAGGUGUGUUUACUUGGGAAUCAAUUGAACCCUCCACCUUUGUCGUUGAGUAUCGGGGGAACAUCAUCCCUCAAAAAGAAACCAGGGAAAAGACAUGUGGUGAUACUCUGAACAAUUUUUUAUUUGACUUCUCAUGGAGUGGAACAAACUGGCGCAUUGAUGCUUCAAAAGAGGAUGGGACCCUCGGACGACUUGUGAAUGAUGAUCACAAAAGUCCGAACUGCAAAAUGAAGAAAAUUGUUUGUAAGGGAAAACCACACUUAUGUCUGUUUGCAGUGAAGAAAAUAUCUCCCGGCGAGGAGAUAACUUACAACUAUGGCGACUCCUUGUAUCCUUGGCGCUCAAAGGAAUCCAGUGAGGAGCUGAAUACAUCACAGACGGACAUAAAUGCUUCUGCAUCUUCAGCAGAGGAUGAAAAUCUUGAAGACCCUGAGGAAGCCUCCAGUUCUGCAGGAUCCUGCUGUGAUGAUGUGUACGUACCUGUCGCAGAAUCCAGUAGCGAUGAGAGUUCUGCCAGCAGCAACAACCAGCGGUGUCAGAGGAAGAAUCGCAAGAUGAAUCCAGAUUCUUCUACACAGCAAAGCUCUGUGCAGCCUGUCAAUGCUUCGUGUGCCCAGCAGGCAGAUGAAGUUGAUUACAGCUCUGAUGACUUUACCUCUGAUGGAGAGACCCAAGCUCAGUCCCACAGUAACAAAAAUUAUUGUUACGUUUGCGGGAAGGCUCAAUCUAAAAUUUCUCGUCACCUUUUCAGACACAGAGAUGAAGAGCCAGAAAUAGCUGAAGUGUUUGCGCUACCCUUAUUCUCCAAGAAGCGCAAUAUGCUACUGGAUAAGUUGCGCAGCAGAGGAAAUUACAGACAUAAUCAAGAGGUUCUAAAGACUUGCAGAGGAGAACUGAAAGUGAGAAGAAGAAAAUCAAACAUGUCUGUCAGUGCUGAAACAUUUGCACUUUGUCUGUUUUGUAAAGCCAUGUAUAGUCGCAAGGACAUGUGGCGACAUAUGCGAAAGUGUUCCUCAAGGAAAUCCUCAACGCCUUCAGCAAGAGGCAGGAGCAAAGUCUUAGCACUGGUUGCUGCUGCAGAGUCAACAGACCCUGAAGAAGUCUCAUCAGAGCUGCAGAAGAUAUUAAAAACAAUGAAGAAAGAUGAGAUUACAUCUGUGGUUAUGAACGAUCCCCAUAUACUGCAGUUGGCACGGUGUUUGUACCGCUCCAAUGAAAGGAAAACAAGAAAAUAUGAUAGCAUCUCACAAAGGCUGAGGCUAAUGGCAAGACUCCUAUUAACAUUAAGAAAGAAUUCCAUAAGUAGCAUUGAAGAAGCUAUCAAACCCCAAAACUUCAGCAAGGUCGUUGAAGCCGUCAGAGAGCUCGCUGGUUUCAAUGAAGAGAAGAAUUCCUGGGACAGACCAAGUAUUAUGACAAAACUGGGAAAUUCACUUAAGAAAGUUGGUGACAUUAACUUCGCCAGGGCUUUGAAAGAAGAGGCUGAUAAACAAACGAUACAUGAAGCGGAGACGUUCAUAAGGUUGUGCGCAAAGGAGUGGAACUAUGUCCCUCCGUCAAAAAGGGUCAACAAAGCACCAACCAUGCAGUUCAUGCAUGACGUUCAGCUUUUCUAUCAGCAUGUAGAGAAGACUGCAGCUUCUGCGGUUGAAAGUCUGACGAUGUACGAGAGCCCUCCGGUCUACAAUGCGCUUCUCAGAGUGACCCUUGCUCAGCUGUCUGUCUUAAACAAAAACGUAGUGGAACUUUCAAAAAUAACACUCAAGUCAUUCAACGAGAGGGUCGAGUCCGAGCGUCAUGAAGACGUAGCAGGUUGCCUGUCGCACUUUGAUCAGAUGCUGUCCAAUCACUUUGUGAAGAUCAAUGUUAUGAGCAACUGUGGCAAAAACGUUGUUGUUACAUUGACCCCUAAAUUGCUCUCUGCAAUAACGCUGCUUGUGAGCAAGAGAGAAACAUGUGGUGUUCAUAAAAGUAAUCCCUUCUUAUUUGCGAGACCUGUCGCCAUUCCGACGAGCGUCUGCCAGGGACAUCAGUCCAUCUGCAUUUUUGCCAAUCGGUGUGGCGCGAAGAACACGGUGAACCUCAGGUCUGUGUUUUUUCGGCGGCAUGUGGCAAGAGUUUUUCUGAUUCUCAGCCUCACGAACGAUGAGCUUGCUGAGCUAGCCAAAGUGCUGGGCCGUGACAUCCGGACCGACCAAGAGUAUUAUCAGACACCAGAGGCAUCUAUCGACGUCGCAAAACUCUCUGAGCUGCUGUCGGCAAUAGAGAAUGGAUCUCUUGAAAAAUUUGAAGGAAAAUCUCUUCAGGAAAUCGAGAUUGCAGAUGAACUGGAGCCAGACAUGGAGCAGGACAAAUCUGAAAACAGUGACGCUGUGGAGGACAAUGAAGAAUCAGAAAGUUCUCUUCAGCUGACAGACAUUUUUAGUGGCCAUGAAGCAGGUCUUUCCUCCUCAAGAGGCUCGACAGCUAAGAGAGAGAGAAGAGUUUCUUCCUCGAGGAGACGUGGCCGAGGCAGGAGCAGGAAGGAGGAUAGUGAAAAUGAGACGCCUGAGCUGAACGAUGAGAAAAAUGAUGAGGGGAACACAGGGAAGGAUGACGGAGCAGAGGAAGUUCCCAUGUGCUGUGACAUCAACACACCUGAGAAAACGCUGUCUUGCAGCAUUGAGGAAGCAACAAAGCCGUUUUUUAGCGACGAGGAGGACAUGAAUGUGGACUUUGACAUAGACGUGGACACAGAUGAUGAUGGUGUCGAAAAUGAGGGAAAUGGUGGAGACAGUGACACAGACAGCUCAAAAUCAAUGCCUCUGAUGCCAGAUGUUCGAAAUAUGACAGAACAGGACGAUGACAGCAGUGAGACUGAGAAGACCAACAGCUCGGCUAACGAGGACACCACUGUUGCAGACCUUGAGAACACCAUGGACAUCGAUGCAGUGAACCAAGCGGUUAACAAGGAUCAAAAGAAAGGAGAGGAACAAGAAAAGAAGAACAAAUUAUCAGCUGUUUUGAUUGGAAUGAAAGAAGUGAAGAUAUUAAUCCCCAAACUGGACAUUGAGGAAUUGCAGUCUCCGGUCCACAUUUCCAAGUUAUCAUCUGUGUGUAACUCUGUCAAGAGGCUGGUGGAAGAUCAGCCCAUCCAUGACAACAGCAACCAGCGUCCAACGUCACCAUCCUCCUCAGAUGUCAAAAACAAACUUACCUCUGCAAAGGCAAUGCAGAUGACCUGCUCCCACUGCAUGAAGACCAUGAUGAAGGGCCAAACUGCUUACCAGAAGAAGGGCUUCACAGAUGUCUUCUGCUCAAAAGACUGCCUAUUUGAAAUGUUUCCCGUCAACAAACCCGUCACCAAGACCUGCCACUACUGUCAUAAGGCCAUAUCACAGCCUCUGGACCUUAUCAUGGCUGCAGUGGACAUUAAGGGAACUAUGAAGGACUUCUGCAGUGUGACCUGUCUGUCCUCUUUUAAGUCCAACAAUGUGUCCUCUCCAACAUCACAAACACCACAGCCGAUCUGCAGCAGGUGCAGCAAAUUCUGCACUACCACUCAUGAGUUGACCCUGUGCGGGACCGUCCACAAGUUUUGCAGCAAGUCCUGCUUGGAAGAUUCUCACAGGGACAACACGGCCAUCUGUGAGCACUGCAACUCCGCCUGCCUCAACAAGACGCUAAUGCUGAAGCUGCAGGAGGAGGAGGAGGCGGAGACGAAGACCAAAACCAUCUGCAGUGAAGAAUGUCUGAACAAGUUCAAGGAGACAAUCAGGAGACCCCACCUGUGCACCAUGUGCCACACUUCUCGACUGGUGUCAGACAUGGUUCACUACAGAAGCGAUGGGGACGUGGUGGAGCUCUUCUGCACUCACACCUGUGUGACGUCGUAUAUGCUGACUGUUGUACGAGGCCUUCAAGAAAACAGCUCAGCUCAGUUGAAGAAGAGAAAAGGAGGUUUAAAAUCCAGACUAGAUGAAAAUGAUGCACCUGCAGCUGCUGAAUCGGACACAGCAACACUCGCCAUUACAAAGUCGCUGGCUGUCUGUUGCCACUGUAGAAAGCAGCUGCGGAGAGGACAUGAAUUUUACCAGCUGAAGAGCUCAUCAGAGUUUUUUUGCUCAGCUUCUUGCAUCUCUGAAGAGUAUCCACAUGUUAAAAUAGUCCCCAAAAAGUGCUACAACUGCUUUCAGGUGAUAAAGCGGCCUCACAACGUCAUCCUCGCUCCCAUGGAUGAUUCAGGAACUAUGAUUGAAUUGUGCAGCGACACCUGUCUCUCUUCUGUCAACUCCAAGAGGAACAUGGCUGCACCAAAACCUCCGCCUCCAGCAGGACCUCAGACAGAGUGCAGGAUGUGUGCCAGAUUUUGCAUUUGCGAAUCCAGGCAGACCCUGGAUGGCUCGAUGCUUAGCUUUUGCAACGACGCUUGCUUCACGGGCUACUGCAAAGCCAAGAAUUUGCCUGUGGUCAUUUGUGACGUCUGCAGCUCCGUUUGCCCCGAGAAACGUCUCGUGCUGAAGGGGGAGGACGGCGGUAAAACCCUCUGCAGCGAAGAAUGUCUGGUCAAGUUCAAAGAGAGAAUUGAGACUCCUCAGCUGUGUCCCCUGUGCCAGACGUCUCAUCGGAUGUCAGACAUGAUCGAAAACAAAAACGAUGAGGGCAUGCUGGACUUCUUCUGUAGUAACAGAUGUAUGAUGGUACACGAGGCUCAGUCUCUCACUGUGUCAGGAAGGAAAAGCCCAACAUUUGAUGAUAUUGACAUUAAAGAAGUGAAGCCAUCGCUAAUAAAUUUGGACUUUAUUAAAAAAGAGCCCAUUGAUGAAGAGUACAACCACAAUCUGUCACCCUCCAUCUCCACUGAGCACAUCAAGGACGAACCUAAAGUGGCGAAGGAGGAUUUGAUGAUCAACUCAGUGUUCUCCUUGACUGAAGAAUCCACGUCUCCAAGGCCCACUGAGACCCACCUGGAUCUGCCCGCGUCCUGCUCCAACUGCAAGAAGGCCCUGAUAGACGGAGAGACUGUUUAUCAGAGGAAGGGCCGCGCUGAUAUCUUCUGCUCUAUGUCCUGCCUUUUGAAUUUUUUCCAGAUGAAACAAGCCAAGAAGUCCUGCCACUUCUGCCUUCAGGCAAUAACACAGCCUCAGGACGUCCUCCAGGCCCUGGUGGACACUGAGGAGACCAUGAAGGAUUUCUGCAGCCAGACCUGUCUGUCCUCCUUCAGCUACAAGCAAGUCAUGUCCACCAAAAUACCCAUCGUCCCAGUCAAGUCACACUCACAAUGCAGCAUAUGCAGCAGAUACUGCAUUAGCAAACAUGAGAUCAUACAGCAGGACGUCAUCCAUAAGAUCUGCAGUGAUCCCUGUUUUCUUCGCUUCUGCAACAUGAACAACCUGUCUGUGUGUGAGAACUGUCGCUGCCACUGCAACACACCCGUCAUGCUCAAAAUGGAAAACGGCAGCAAAAAACUCUGCAGUGCAGACUGUCUGGACCAGUUCAAACGGAAAAUCAUAGCACCACAGCCGUGCGCCAUGUGCAGCACCCCAUGUUCGAUGUCGGACAUGGUUGAAAACAGAAACAGUGAGGAUGUGGUGGAGCUGUUCUGCACCAGCAGCUGUGUGAUGGCGUCGAAGAUCCAGGCUGUCAGCGCGUCAGGUCUUCCACUGAAUUGCGACAGCUGUGGUAAGACUACAGUACCAGCCUGCCACCUCGCCAUGUCAGAUACCUCCAUCAGAAACUUUUGCUCUCUAAGCUGUGCCAUGGCUUUCAAGGAGACCCACAGUGGUGCCACUGAGACAGCAGCCUCCGACCAGACCAGAAGUGAUUUCCUCAAAUCACCAGAGAAACUGCCAUGCGCCCAGUGUCGCCGCAUUUUAAAAUCUACGCCUAAAGUCGUCCAGAAAAAGGGCAAAAUGAAUUUUGUGUGUAGUCUGGCCUGUUCUGAAGAGUUUAAGAGAGCCAACAACAUCAUGGGCAAGUGUGAAUACUGUAAGAAUGAAAGGAUAAUCAGAGACGCCAGGAGAGUCGACGGCAAAGACUGCUACUUCUGCAGCGACGACUGCAAGAUGCUCUUUCACCACGAGCUGGAAAAGAAGUGGGGUGAACACUGUCAGUCAUGUGCUUACUGCCUCUCCAUCUCUAAGACACUGGUGACAGCUCAGUAUAAAGGCACUGAAGAGGAGUUCUGCUCUGAUGACUGCAACACCAAGUACAAAAUGCUUUUCUGCCAUGUUGCAAAGUGUGACACCUGUGGCCGCGAAGGGAAACUGAGGCAGAGUCUUCCCAUGCUGGGCAAGGUCAAACACUUCUGUGACCUGAAAUGUCUCCUACAUUACUGCAACAGACAAGUCCAGAUGUUCAACACAGUGUCUUCACCUCCCAGAUCUGCAGGCGCAGCGGCGUCCUCCCCAGUCAUCACUAACGUUAUCUCGCUCGCUGGCGCUUUGGCUCAGCAGUGUGGUGCUUCUGCCUGCUCUCCACAGCCAGUGCCUGUCCCCGACAUUCAGACCAAGGUUGUUGGACACACCGGCGUCCAGACAGUCCCCAAGGAAGUGAAGAACAAGUCCAUGCUCUGCACACCAUUGGUUCAUAACAAAGGAGUCUGGUGUACAACCCAGAGUGUCGACACAGAGACACAGACGGACAGCUUUGUACCCAAAGCCACAGACCUGCCUGUCCCACUGCCGGUUUAUGUUCCUGUGCCGAUGAACAUGUACAGCCAGUACACACCAACACCUGUGGGCAUUCUCUUACCGCUGCCUGUGCCCCUAUUUGUCCCUGUGAAACUGGACAGCCCUGACCCAACUGUGAAACCUGUGAAGGAGAGGAACCCAUCUGACCCCUUUGAGGGAGAGCUCACCUUCAAGCCUGAGAUGAAGAAGACGCAAGAUGAGAAGAACGAGACAGAGGAUGCACUGAAAGACAGAUUGGUGGGAAAAGAGGGACAAAGUCAAGAAAUUCCAAAGGAGCACUGGAGUGAUGUCCUGCAUGCAGAUCGUCACUCCAUUUUCAACAGCCAGGAGGACUCUGGCUCUGGCACCGCUUAUGGGUCGUUCAGUCGACCACACACGGACGUGCUGAGUGAGCCUCAACCUGAGCUGCCACCUGCAGCUCCUCCUCCUCGUCUGGAGGUGAGGGAGGAUCCCCGGACCCCCCCAAGUCCUGCACCGACUUCUCCACUGUUGCAGCAAACUGUGGGGAAGGUCCACAACAAGAAUAAGCUGCAGCAGUUGUCUAAGGCAGUGAAAAGGAACAUGUCAAGGAAACACCGUAAACUGAACAGUCGACGUGGAAUCGACGCCUGGAAGAGAUGGAUACAGUGGAGGGAAUCACAGACCAGCCUGAACCUCGUGUCUUCUCGUGCUGUGACCUUAAACGAAGACGUUCUUCUCUGCUCGGCGACCGAGCUGAGCGACGGCCUGUUUCGCUUCAUUAGGGAGGUGAAACGAGCUGAUGGAGAGCCGUACUCCCCCGACAGCCUGUUCUACCUCUGCCUCAGCAUACAGCAGUACCUGUUUGAGAACGGCCGUAUGGAGAACAUAUUCAGUGAUAUGACCUACGACAAGUUCUCCAGAGAGUUCACCGAGAUCCUGAAAGGUUUCAAACCCUCAGUCACAGCCAGCGGUUAUAUUCAUUCCCGUGUGGAGGAGGAGUUUCUGUGGGACUGUAAACAGUUGGGGGCGUACUCCCCCAUCGUCCUCCUCAACACUCUGCUCUUCUUCUGCUGCAAGUACUUUGGCUUCACCACGGUGGAGCAGCACCGCCAGCUGUCCUUCGCCCACAUCAAAUGCUGCACCAGAACCAACCAGAACUACACCAAGACCACCUUCCUACGCUUCUGCCCACCAAUAUCCAUAAAUGAGACAGAGUCAGAUGCAGACGCUGUCCCAGCUAAGAAGCGUAAGAAGAAUGAGUGUCGAGCAGAAAUCCUGGAGAUGAUGGAGAACACUGAGAACCCUCUCCGCUGUCCGGUCAGACUCUACGAGUUCUACCUGUCCAAGAGCUCAGAGUCGGUCAGGCAGAGCACCGACUUGUUCUACCUCCAACCAGAUGGCUCUUGUGUUCCUGACAGCCCUUGGUGGUACUCCUCCACCCCUCUGGACAGCAGCAUAAUGGAAGCCAUGCUUGCACAAAUCCUCGCCGUCCGAGAGCUGCAGGAGGGUGAUGGAGGACGUCUGGACCAGCAGAGGUCAGAUGACAGGGAAUUUGUACCCGAUGAGGAGGAGUCAGAAUGAUCGAGCUCAGUUGUUUUUUUAUGUUGUUUUUUCAGAGCUGUGUUUGGUUAUCAGGUGUUUAAAAAUCAAAAAAAUUGUGUAACUACAAAAAAGUCCUCUUUCAUUAAAUCAUUUGCAGGUUUUGACAAAAUC